GCCAAAAUUCAGAGCGAACAGAGUCACAGAGUAGUUCAGUAACAAUUUUAUAUACCUUCGUUUUUCGUCUUUUUUCUAGAAACGAACAAAAUUUAAAGUCAACAAAAUCUCCAUUGUGCUUUACUUUUCUGCUAAACAUGUCGAAGGCAACAAAGCUGCGAUUCGCACUGAUCACCGAGGAUGUGCUGGACAAGCUGAGGCCUCGCUCACAGUCGGAAAAUGCACGAUCGAAGUACAUGAAUGAAAUAUAUGAGGCCAUUAGGAUGGCGGUCAACGAGGUUGUGGACGAGAAGAUGGAGCAGCUGAAUGAUACAGUUAAUCGAAUGGUUGAGGAGCGGGUGAGCAAAAUUCUGGACCAUCACUUGACCAAGGGAUCGUUGACGGGGCGCAGUAGCUCAGUUGGAAGGAAAAGGGAUUUGGAUAAUAGGGAAAUCAAGGGAGCAAGGUAUGCUGCUCCAGCCACAUCAAUUAGUUCCCUAAAAGUUUCCAAUCUCAAACGUGGCCGAAGCAAGAGGCAAAAUCCCACCAAAGAGCAUGUGACCUUCGCCUCCGACGAUCAGUUGACUAAAAGGUCUAGGACCAAGGCGCAGAAAAUCACUGUAAUGCCCAUACAUCGCGAGAGCCAGGUGAAAAGUACUCCCUCGUACGGCGACAGCAACCACAACAACACACCGAUGCAAACACCUUCACCACCACUUAGCACGGAUUGCAAUAAGCUGGAUGAGGACGAUUACUAUAACUUCUCUGAUGUGGAGGAACCCUCGAUUCUAAGCAUGGCUGCUAGGUAUCUCAAGAAACUCGAAGAUGCCCGCCGUCGAAAGCACGCACAAUAGCUUAGGUAGCCUGUACUUCAAACUUUCGUAGAUACUUCUUCAUAUUUCUCGUCAACUCGUCAACUCAAUUUUCAAAGUGAGCGUGUAUAUAUACCAUUAAAACAAUGGAUUCGGUAAAAAAAAAAACUAAAUAAAUUAACCGAAAAU